UACAGCAGCUCCGUCUCCCUGGAGCACAACUUCAGAGACUGGCAGGACCUGGACGUGUUCCAGAGCCGCGUUUCCUCCAUGGCAUUCAUCGGACACGGCACCUUUUCGGCGUACGGUAUCUCCAACGCCACGCAGUUAUUCGGGCGCGAGACUUCCUCCAGCAGCCUCCGGGUAGGGCUACUAAUGACGGACGGAUCGGAUCAUCCUCGAAGUCCCAGUGCUGUUGCUGCUGCCGCUGAAGCCAAGCAGCAAAACAUCCGGAUGUUCGUCCUCCGGCUCUCGGACCUACCGACGAACGCACAGAUGAGCGAGAAACUGAGGUCCAUCGCCAGCGCCCCGCCGCAGAAACACCUGCUGAGUCUCACGGACAAACAGCUGGACGACAAACUCUUCAAUGAACUGAACACAAUUGUAAAAACUGGGUGCCCUCAGCCGAAGUCCUGUCUGUGCGAGAGGGGGGAGAGGGGGCAUGCAGGAAACCCGGGGAAGCCAGGCGAUCCGGGGUCAGAUGGAGGUCCGGGUCCAAAGGGAUUUCGUGGGGAAUCCGGCAUCAACGGACGUCCAGGGAUGGGGGGCCUUCAGGGUCGACCUGGCGGCAAAGGGGAAAGGGGAGAACAGGGGGAAUGUGGAACCGCCGGUAAAAAGGGAGAACAGGGUGCAGAGGGACCUCCGGGCCCCACAGGCCCCAGAGCAGAGCAGGGAGCGAGGGGUUCCCCAGGAGACCCGGGUCCAGAGGGGACGUCUGGAUCUAAAGGUGAGCGGGGUCUCGGGGGAGCGUCUGGACCUCCAGGAGAUAGCGGCAUGGGGUUCCCUGGUCCAAAGGGUGACAAGGGGAACCAAGGAAGACAUGGAGCUCCUGGACUGAUGGGGGUCGGAGAAGCAGGGAUUCCGGGUCCAUCGGGGCCUCCAGGCAUGCAGGGGUCUGCAGGAGUUCCAGGUGAGGGACUUCCAGGAUCCACGGGGGCCCGGGGGUACGAGGGUCUGAAAGGCAGCCGAGGCCUCCCGGGGUUAGGGUCCCAAGGGGAUAAGGGACACUCAGGAGCCCCCGGGGCCCCCGGCAUGGUCGGGUUUCCAGGGGCCGGCAUUCAAGGAGAAAAGGGGGACUUUGGGCCAUCGGGACCUUCGGGCCCCCGAGGGCCUCCUGGACUGGGGAUCGUUGGUCCAAAGGGUGAGCAGGGCUUCCCUGGAGAGCCUGGAUCUCAGGGGGGGCGGGGCUUAGGAGAACCAGGAACGAAGGGGGAUCCAGGUCCUGGUGGGACUGCAGGGAUUCCCGGUAUUCCUGGAGAGGACGGAGCUGUGGGGUCUAAGGGAGAGACGGGGUGGCCAGGUGUGAGAGGACUGGAGGGGGCGGUGGGGAAAGGAAUCCACGGAGAAAAGGGAGACAGAGGGGACCGAGGGUCUCGGGGCCUCUCAGGUUCCCCCGGACCCGUUGGACCUUCAGGAGCAAAGGGGGAGCCGGGGAGUCCAGGACAAAUGGGAUUACAAGGACAAGCCGGCAGAGGCUUCCCUGGACCUAAGGGGGAUCUGGGGCCUGUGGGACCUUCAGGAGCUGUGGGAGAACACGGUCUGGGAAUCAUUGGGCCGAAGGGCCACAAAGGGAACAAUGGACCUGUUGGACCUCCAGGGCUGAAGGGAGAAAGUUCCCCAGGACCUCAGGGUCGGCCUGGAUUACCGGGACUUCCAGGAGAGAUGGGACCAGAAGGUAAAGGCCUACCUGGAGCUAAGGGCGACAGAGGUUUGUCGGGGGUACCAGGACCAUCAGGCCCUCCUGGGAUUGGACUGUAUGGACCCAAGGGCUCUACGGGGCAGAGUGGUCCUUCAGGCCUGAUGGGGCCUCCAGGAGAGGGCAUCCAGGGGCCAAAGGGAGAGCCUGGCUUCAAGGGGCCGAUGGGUCCUCGGGGGCUUCCAGGGGAUGGAGCACCAGGGGAGAAGGGUAACAGAGGCGUUCCUGGAGACCUGGGAAGGAAAGGAGACAGAGGAGACCUCGGAGAACCAGGAGCCAGCGGACUCACGGGGGAACCAGGAGCAAGCGGAGAACCAGGUCUGACCAGACAAGAGGUCAUCCUGAUCAUCAGGGAGAUCUGUGGAUGUGGUCUGAAGUGCAGACAGAGCCCUUUGGAGCUGGUGUUUGUGAUCGACAGCUCAGAGAGCGUCGGUCCAGAGAACUUUGAGUUGGUGAAGGACUUUGUGAUCGCUCUUAUUGAUCGAGUGACGGUGAGCCAGGAGGCGGGUCGGAUCGGCGUGGUUCUGUUCAGCCACGUUGAGAUGGUGGUGGUCAGUUUGCAGCCAAUCGCCAGCCAGGAUGAGAUCAAGGCGGCCGUCAGAAAUAUGCCGUACCUGGGCGAAGGCACGUUCACAGGUAGUGCCAUCCAUCGAGCCAAUCAGCUGUUCCAGGUGUCCAGGCCGGGCGUCAGGAAGGUAGCCGUGGUGCUGACGGACGGACAGGCAGACCCCCGAGAUCUCAUGCAGUUUGAAGAAACAGCAGCGGUGGCCCAUGAGCAAGGCAUCGAGAUGUUUGUGAUAGGAGUCGGGAACAAUACGGACCCUCUGAGAGAAGAAUUCCAGGCUCAGAUGGAUGCGAUCGCCUCGGAUCCCAAAGAAGAGCACGUUUACCUGAUAGAUGACUUCAGGACGCUUAACACUCUGGAAAGCAAACUGCUGAGUCUGAUUUGUGAUCAGAACGACGCGAUGGCAUUUCUACCAAACUCUGUGUUUCCACCGAUGGAAAUCCAACCGAAGGCUCCAGAAGAGCGACGCUACAACGAGUUCCCCGCUAAGGAACACAUUCAAUUUGAGCUCCCAGUGACCUCCCCUCCCCAGUUUGAGCUCCCAGUGACCUCCCCUCCCCAGGACACCGGGCCUGAUGGGACCCCCAUUGAUGCCAAGCUGGUGAAGGUUCUGGGGUCAGUGGUCGGUCCUCAGACCCCGACCGAUUGGCUGAAACCUCCUGAGAGCACGAGGACUCCCAUCAGCCCUCCUGGUCCUCUUCUGACAGACUCAUCACUGACAGAGGGCUGCUCUCUCCCUCUGGACCCCGGGUCCUGUCGGCAGUACGUUGUUCGAUGGUACUACGACCCCGAAGCUAACGCCUGCGCUCAGUUCUGGUUCGGAGGCUGCGAGGGAAACACAAACAACUUUGAGUCUGAGUCCGGCUGCAGGCUCUCCUGCGUCUACACGUAACAGAGUGUGUGUGGGGAUGAACAAAGAGUGUGUGUUGGGAUACACAACGAGUGUGUGCAAAGACAAACACAUCACAGGCUGGUGAAGGACGACCUCACUGUCCCUCAAACUGCACAUUUUUACACGACUACUUAUAUCUGUUCUGGGAUGUUUAACCUAAAUGUUACAAUAUAUUCAAUACAAACCGACAAGAGCAUCAAAAAUGUUGGUUUAGCGUGUCACCCACUGGACCAACAACACACUGACAUCUGGAGUUUGUCCUUGGUGGUUAUAACCAAUAUUUCCUAGGAUCUGAAGUGCUUUCUUUUGGGACAAAUCAUCAUCAGGGAUUUGGACAAUUAUUACCCAGAACUUGCCAGCAUGGAGCCCUCUUCACAGCAACCAGUGAUUAAAGUAAUGAACACUGAAUUCAAACUCUACAGCAGUGGUUCUCAAAGUGGGGGGCGCAGAGGCAUGACAGGGGGGCGCGAGAGACCAGGAGGAAAAAUGGUUAUUUAAAAAAAAAAAAAAAAAA